UAUUAGGAACAUGUAUUGUUUGAUUUUUCAAAUAUGCUCAAUAGAAGAACAAGUAGACCGCUCCCCUUAGGAGAAGCUGCUUGGUAGUGGCGGAAAUAACCUGCGCUUAUACUGAGGCGAAGCGGAGUGGAAUCGUGAAGCGAGCGCAGCGCGGGGCUGAAUAGCUGGACAGAAAAUAAAAAUAAAUGACGGAGAUCGUUCGCACGCUGUUCGACUGCCGAGAGCCUCCGACGCUGGACAGCGACGGAAAGGGCGGCAAACCGCCGCCGCCACGAGGACGUGGUUGUGGAAGGAAAAGGAAAGGCACACCGGUGAAGGUGUGUGAUAGAGUCUUUGCCACAGAAGAUGAUGAAGAGAGCAUGUCGGAGCACAGCUACGGACCAGGUGAUGGUCAAGAGGGAAUACAGAAUAAGCACAAAUUGUUUUCUGCAGAAGAGUCAGAGGGGCCAUAUUACACACCAGAAUCUUCUUCUCAAUCCUGUUCUGGAGAGGUAUCAGCGGAAGGCUCCAGUAGUGGUAGAGCUCCAGUGCUGUAUCCCCCUCCUCCAAACUGCCGCAUUCGAGAAGUGCACUAUGGCAAUCAAGUACGGUUGGUAGUCAUAGCGAUCCGCGACAUCACUAAGGGUGAGGAAAUCACUGUGGAUUACAGUUUGACAGAGUUGGCGGAAAACACAAUGGGUUUUCAUGGCACAGUGCCUCCUGCUGGCUUUGAAUGCCACUCUGUCCAAGAGAACAUUAAGAAGGAGGAUGAGUCCGGACCAGUUCCUGUGUCGGAUUAUGUUACACCAUCUUGGUCUCUUUCUCCCUCAUCCUCCCCUGUCUCUCACUCUGAGCCCAGCGACUCUGACCGUGAAUCAGACUGUGUUAACAGCGAGGCACACAACCGGAUGAACCGCAAAAAACGCAAAUCAACAGUAUCCUCUCCUAUUAUUUAUACUAACAGCAAAAAGAAACCUCCUCAGCGCCCCCCCGGGCGGCCUCCGACACUACCCCGCUCUUUACCUUCCUCCCCACCACAGCCUGCUGCCCCCUCCAGGCCUGUUUUUAAGUGCCCUGCACCAGCUGGAGUUGCAGGGAGUAAUAUUAACGUAGCAGCAUGUAGGGGUGUUAAUGUCUCACCACUGAGACAGUGCUGUGUGUAUUGUGGACGACACUACCGCUCACUCCCACGCCACCUGGAGAAACACCAUGCCCACCAGCCAGAUGUACGUGCCUCCAUGGAACGAGCACACACCUCUGCUCGCCUGCCACAUUUGCAUGCCUCCUUGCCUUCAUCCUCAUCCUCCUCUUCCUCCACACAUCAUCGCUGUCAUAAAGAAAAACCCAGGCAUGCAGUUGUAGCCACACAGCAGUCCCCACCCCCUUUAUCCCUUUCCCCAACUAGAAGGAGCCCAACCCCCUCUAGCCCUUCCCACAAAAGCCCUGCCCCUCCACCAAUAACCCCACCCUGUAGGGGAGGAGUCCCAGUGUCUGUUUUGAAGAGAAGCCCACCAACCCCUGUGACUCUGUCCCGGAAGGUGGGACGCAAAGUGAAGAAAGAGAAAGAAGAGAUUGAAGUGGUGGAAAAACCAAAAGAAGAGGGGAUUCCCAUGGAAGCAAAGGAGGUGGAGACACAGCAAUCAAAGGUGGAAGAGGCAGAAAAUGGUGAGAGGGAGGAAGACAGCGGAGCAGAGGACAAGAGCGACCUGUCUAGUUCUCGUCGACCCCACAUGCUCCCCCUCCUGUCCUCUCUUUCUUCUUUGGUUCUGUACCUGCGGCGUCUUCAGCACUCCGCCUUUAUCUCACUCUCACGCUCUCCUCAGUCGGCUGAAGCGUGGCGUCUGCUCUGCCAUUCCAGUCUGGCUCUACUUAUCCUGUACAACCGCCGCCGUGAGUGUGAGGUGUCCAAACUCACCAUUUCUGAGUACCAGGCCAGGGUUACCCCACAGUGCCCCAUUCCUGUGCCUCCUGGUGCCCCACCGGCUCUGACUCCACUUGAGGCUUCACUGUCCCCAUUCGAACGCCUUGUGCUGCCUCACUUGCCGCGUGUGGGAGUCCAGGGCAAAAGGGGGCGUGUCCAGCCCCUCAUCUUGCCCCCGCACUCUGAGGCCUGCCUGGAGCUUCUUUUGCAGACGCGGCCCGGAGUUGGAGUGGACCCCCAGAACCCUUAUAUUUUUGCCCGGCCAUAUCAUUCCCCUGCCACUCCUCUGCGGGGUACAGAUCUGCUACGGAGUUUGGCCAAAUCCAGCGGUACUCGUCACCCACAGGCGCUAACACAGACACGUGUUCGCCGGCAGGUGGCCAUUCUAACCCAACUGCUGCUGCUGGGUGAGGGAGAAGAGGAAGGCCAGUGUGGAAAUGCCACACAGCGUCUGGAAAGCUUCCUGCAGAAGGAGUACCAUGUGACGCAGAGCUGCGCUACCAUUGGUCAGGAUCCUGGGCUGAUGGGCCUUAUUGGGCGAGUGGUCCUGUGUGGGGAGAGGGAUGGCGUCUUGUUCCGGGGCAUGAGUCUCCAUCAUAUUUGCUUGGAGUUAGACGUGAUGUCAGGCAACUCUGCAGAUUCUCUGUCAGAGGAAUCAGAAGGCGAGCAGGAAAAAGAAAAGAAUGAAUCGUCCACAAUUAUGAUAAAAAAAAUCACCAUUAACAACAAGCCCCCUCGCCCCAGGAAGAUGAAUUCCUCUCCCUUUUCCCCCAACCGCAAGAGAAGCUCUGGACAGCCUAAACCAGGUAAACGGGGUGUUCUGAAGCGGCCUUGGUCUGAAGCAGAACGUGCAGCCGUGGAGUCCCACCUUGUGCGUAACAUCAUGGAGCUGCGUGUUCCCGCUAAAGCUGACUGUGAACGGUGCCUGGAGCAAUGCCCCCUUCUGGUCACCAACCGCCGUGACUGGAGGGCCAUUAAGUUCUACUGCCACAAUCGUAUUCAGCUGCUGAAAAAAACCCAGCAGAGACAGAGCCCACCCACCCUGUCUGUUUGCUGAGGUGGCCAGACAGGGAGGUGUAGCAAAGGUGUAGUCAAAAGUAGGAAGAGAAUGUGAGAAUAUUUACCAGACUAAAGCUGUAAUUUUAAUGUGUAGCCUCUUUUAUGUACAAUUAGCAGACAUUUUUGUUCCAUUGCUUUGCCAAGGCUUUGACAGAGCCAUUGCAGUUAGAGCACACUGAUGAAGAUUAACAUAUAAAAAAACUAAAGACUUUUUUUAGAAGAAAAAACCUUUUCAUACUUGUUCUGUGUAAGAAAAUAGAAAUGGUACUUUAAGGCUUUCAAACUUGAGGAAAGCUGCUUCUAAUGCUAGACUGACCCACAAGUCUUCAACCCACAAACAUCCAGAGUUUUCAUAAUCAUUUCACACAUUUAUUCUUGAUGACCUUACAGAAGAAACAACACUAAUCAUCACUAGUCAUCAUUUGAGCCCUUGCUGCCCUUUAUAUUGUGUAAACGUUUCAUGCUGAAUGGACCAAUGUAAAUGUUUGGAAAUUAUAUGGAAAAAAAACUUAUAUUCAUUACAUUCACUAGUACAUUAGUACAUUAACUUAUAUUCAAAAUUAAGAACUGAUAAUACAGUAGUUAUUGUUUUGAAGGUUUUGUUCCUGACAGCAACAAUAUGUCUCCUUAAGGUCAUCAACACCCUUAACAUUAUAUUUGAACAUUUAAAUGGUGGUAGUCCCUUGUGAGCUGUGUCUGGCUCUCUGUUGUUACCGUACAGUCUGACCACUCAGAGGCCAAAAAAACACUUUAUUGUGGCAUAAAUGUAUUUUGAGACUCUUUAUGUCUUAUGUACUCUCUGGUCAUUUAUGGCUUAGCAAAGUCAUGUUGCCAGAAAGGAAAGCACACAACAAGCUAUUUCAUUUUAAAUUUUCAAAUAGAUGCCACUGUCAAUACUACUGUAGAUUAAAUCAUAUAGGACAUUGCAAAAAAUGAAUGUAUGAUUAGGAAAGAAAGUGAAGAGUAGGGAUCUAUAUCCUCUUCCCUGCUGUUGGAAUGCAGAGUUUGCUUGGCAACCUUGAUUAUACAUACAUGCAUUUUGAAAAAAGUGGAUCUGACCAGUUUGUUCAGCCAGCAUUUCAUUUUUUUAACAGUUUAAUAACAACUGCAGUUUUUAUCACAGUAUUUUACAUUCUUAGGUUUUAUUACUUUUCUGAAUGGUUUAUAAGUGACAGAACAUGUAUUUGAAUUCGGUGAUUCAUUAAAAAUCUUCCACAUUUCCACACACAUAUUUCUGUUGGUAUUCACAUUUUCUGAUUUGCUAUGUGGUUUAGAGAUGAUUCUAAUAGCUUGGACGUUCUAACAGAAUUCCGUAGUCACACGAGGCUUUGUAAACAAUGCCUAACAAAGGUUGACUAGUUGAGCUUUACUUAGAUGUGUGUUUGUCAGCUGUUUAUAUGAUUAGAACUUUCUUAUACAAAAUAUGUAACCACACUUAGCACCUCAGCUUAUAUUUUUAUUUGUUAACAGUCCAUAUUCUUCAGUUCUGUCUACACUUACUGUGUACAUAGAGGUAAAUAUAUUAUAAUUCUUCUUAUUAAUGUGUUGUUAUCAUCCUCCUUGUUAUUAUUUGAAUGCAUAUUCUUUUUGGUAUGGAAAGCUUUUCCCCCAUUUCAAACUUGUAAAUAUUUUUGUGUGUGUGUAUGUGUAUGUGUAUAUGUAU